AUGAUCGCUUCGGAGAGUACACUGGCGGCGCGCAAUCAGUGCACGAGCAGCGUGAUGGACCUGACCACGCACGCAAGAACUAACGGCGGCGACGAAAACGGCGGCACGAUGGGCGGCGGCGGCGUUGGCGGUGGAGGCGGUGGCGGUGGCGGUAACGGGGCGAACAGACCGGCAAAGUCCAUAUUUUCCAUAAGGAACCUGGUGAACGUCGACGACGGACCCUGCGGCGUCCACGACGAAUCUUCUUCCGACCGGAACGACAUGCGAGGAUCGCCGGAAUACAAGCGAAACAACAGUUUGAUGCAAAGCGGCGGAGGCGGUGAUCAACAGCAUCAGCAUCAGCAGCAGCAGCAGCAACACCAGCGACACCCUGUAUCGGUUACAGGGUACGACGAUAUCAUGUACCAGAGACGGCAACAGGCCGGCACCCCAAGCACGUUGAACGGCGGCGGCAGCGGCGGUGACGACGACGACUGUGCCGUUGGAGACUUGGACGAUUUUGGCAGCGGUACGCCUAAACGCAAGCAACGCCGGUACCGGACCACGUUCACAAGUUUCCAGCUGGACGAACUGGAGAAGGCUUUCGGCCGAACCCACUAUCCAGACGUGUUCACCAGAGAAGAACUAGCGUCCAAAAUCGGACUUACCGAAGCACGGAUACAGGUAUGGUUCCAAAACAGACGGGCCAAGUGGCGUAAGCAGGAGAAAGUCGGACCGCAGGCCCAUCCGUACAACAACAACCCUUAUUGCGUGGGCCCGAUGUCGGGCACGGCCAUAAACCCGUCGCCGAUGCCGUUCGGGCACAUGAGCGGCAUGCACAGACCGCCGCCCACCACCAUCGAGAACGGGUUCCUGCGAUUCCACCCGUCGGUGGCCACGUCGUCCGCGUCGCCGCCACCGCCGCCGCCGCCUUUGUUCCUGUCCCCGCACUACGCGGUGGCCGCGGCCGCGGCCGCAGCUUACGGCCGCCGUCCCGACCCGUCGGCCGCGCGCCCGCCGCAGUCGCAGCAACCGUCCCCGUCGGCGGUCCACGGGCUGCAGGCCGUCGCGUCGUCGCCCCAUCACCACCAGCACCACUUCAACAAUCUGCUGGCCAACAUGGCCAUGGCCGCGGCGGCCGCCAUGCGUCCCGCCGCCGCCGCGCACCAUCCCGCCGCAAUGAUGGCCAACGCCGCGGCCAUGCCGCCGCCGAGUCCCACGGGGUCCGCUUCCUCGUCGUCGGCGUCUUCGUCGUCGUCGUCCGCGGGCGGCCCCCGGGACGACAUCAUCGUCCGCCGGUCGUCCAGCAUCGCCGAACUCCGGCUCAAGGCCAGGGAACACAAAUUGGAAAUAAUGCGCAACAACAACAACAACAACAACAACGACACCGGCGGCGGCGACGGUGCCGGCGGAAUGGCCAACUCUUCGUAACCCAUGUCGUUGUUGACUUUGAAAAUCAUCAUUUUUUUAAGUUACUAAAAAAUUCCUUGUAUAUUUCCUUUAUUUAUAUUAAUAUUAUAUUAUAUUUUGUAUUUUUUAACGAAUGUACGUGUAAUUAUUAUUAUCAUCUUGUAAAUACCCACUCGGCGACAUUAUUGUGCAUUUAAAAUAAAAUUGUCUAGAAAAAAAAAAUUGUAUUAUUAUUAUCAUUACUAUUUAUGUUAUAUAACUAUUAUAUAUUGUGUUUCCGACCCAUCGUAUCGGUCGCUAACGUUGUACAUUUUUGUAUUGCUAUAUAAGUCCUAUUGAAGUGUUGAGAUCUAUGUUUAUUAUAAUAUAUAUCUAAUAUGAAUUCCGUUCGGUUAAGCAUACUUUUUUUGAGUUUGUAAACAAAAAAAAUUGUUCUCUCAUUUGAAAACCCGUAUACGAUUAAGUUGUAAUGUUACGAUGUGAUUUUUUA